UAAAAAAAAAAUCGAUAAUAUCAUCACCAUUUUUUUUUCUCUCUCUCUUCUUACCUAAAAACAUCCCGCGUUUGCCCUAACACGUCCGUCACCGCCGUCUAAGGGUUUACUUCCAGUUCUCGUCACAUGGAAGAUUCAGAACAAAGAAAGAAACGCUUGAAGGAAAUGCGAUUACAAGCUGAUCGUGUUCAAGAUUCUGGUGCUGCUGCUGGUGAUGGUUCCGGUACGCCUAGUGUUCUUGCAAAUCCAUUGGCUGAAGCUCCUUCAGCUGUGUUAUCAACUGAUUCUGCUCCGAGGUUUAAUUACUAUACUGAUCCAAUGAAUGCAUUCUCUGAUAAAAGGGGUGCUGUUGAUGUCCGGCCUGCGUCCGAGUAUUUGCCUCCUCCUCCUCCUCUUCCUCUAAAUUUUGUUCCGGAGUUUUCGUCGCAGCGUUCAGCUACAACAAAUCCGCAGAUGAGUCCAUCUCCCACUCAAGCAUUGCCAACACCGUAUAGAAACCCGGUUUGGAAUGGACCUAGAGGCCCUCCUCAGUAUAACUUUCCAUUCCGUCCAUCAGGUGGUGGUACUUAUCCAAGUCCUAGGUUUGAAUCACCAGGCAGUCCAUACAACUCUGCACCAGGCAUGAAUCAAUGGCCCAACCAUAAUCCAAAUAUUUCUUCAGAAUAUAUUCCAAUUCCCACUUCAGAAUAUAGUCCAAAUCAGUCUCCAGCAUUCAGGAACAAUCCUAACUCUAGUCGAGGGCGAGGCAGGGGAUUCUGGCACAACAACAGAAGCCAUGUUUCAGGACGGGGUAGCGGACAAGGAUCAAGUUCUCAUGGUCGCUGGUCCAACGAAGACAGAGGUUGUGGUCCAGAACGAUUUUACAAAAGGUCCAUGGUUGAAGAUCCGUGGAUAAGUUUGAAACCUAUUAUAUGGUAUUCCACGAUUUCUUCUUCAAAUACUUCAUACGCACGUGAGAAUUCAAAAUCUACAGGUACAAAAAGGGAGGGACCGUCUGCUGUUUUUAGCAAGUCCAAUUCUGGACCAAGCCUUGCUGAGUACUUGGCUUCAGCGUUCAAUGAAGCUUCCAACACUGAAUAAAAUGUCUGAUGAUGCAUUCAGUGCCCUGGACUCCGCUCUGUCGUGUAGUGUAUGUUCUUUAUAUACCAAACACCAAGGAGAAAAUUUUGGGAAUAUGCUCAGGCUACUAACAUGAAUGAUUGGUGCAUAUACAAGGUCUAUGUAUGAUCUGGGCAGAAACUGUUAAAACUGUGUAACCACAUUUUGAGCGUUGUAGUUGAUUAACGUUUAGGCCUAUGCGCCAUACUGAAUCUGAGAGACAGCAAUCAUUUAAUCGUCUUCUUGAGUCAACGUUCAGAUUAGGCUGAAAAAUUGAGUGGUUUGAUGUAUAUUAUAGAUCUGUAAUUUUUUUUUUUUUUAGGGCGAUCUGUAAUUUGUUACACUGCACGACAAUUGUUUUUGUCUUUUUGAUAUUAUAGUCGUUGUCUGAUUAGGAUUUCUGCUACUCCACUUUCUAGUUUCUAGGCAUGUCUUAUUUUUGCGGUGAAAUUCCAGACACUUACAAAAACACAAAGAUUUUACUCA